GGUCCAUGGAUCCAGUAUAAUUUUCCUUGAGUAGGGUAUCAAGUUACCAAAGCAGAUGCAUUCUACCAGUUGGAACGUGGAACACAAUGGAUAACAGAGGAAGAAAUCCAGAGUCAGACUCAUCCAGGCCAAACCAUGAAAGGUUUCAUUUACAUGGAAAAACUUUGAAGUCACACUUAGAUUUAGUCAACCGAAGUAGAAGCUGUGACAUAAAAGAGCCUGCUGGGUAUAGCAGAGAUGGGAGAUCCUUUCUCUGUGCUAAUCGCAAGCAAACUCAUAGUGAAAUUAAAGUCCACGAAAGUAGAAGACCAAUCAGCACUAAGUCACAAGUCAUUAAACAUCAUCAAACACACAAAAUAGAGAAAGCCCAUGAAUGUACUGAAUGUGGGAAAGCCUUCUUCAAGAAGUCUCAGAUCACAGAACAUAAGAGAAUUCAUACAGAAAAGAAACCCCAUGCAUAUAGUGUGUGUGGGAGAACCUUUUCCAAGAAGUUCAAGCUCACUGAACAUCAGCGAACUCACAAAGGAAAGAAACCCUAUGAGUGCUGUGAGUGUGGGAAAACCAUCUUCAGGAAAUUUCAGCUUACUGAACACCAGAAGACUCAUACAGGAAAUAAACCACAUGGAUGCAGUGUAUGUGGGAAGGCAUUCUCCAGAAAGUUCAAGCUAACUGAACAUCAGAGAACUCAUACAGGAGAGAAACCUUAUGAAUGUACUGAACGUGGCAAAGCCUUCUGCAGAAAGGCAGAGCUCAUUAUACAUCAGAUAAAUGAAAGAGGAGAAAGGCCCCAUCAAUGCAAUGAGUAUGGGAAAGGUUUCUCCGGAAAAAUCCAACUCAUUCUACAUCAGAAAACCCACACAAGAGAGAAAUCUUAUAUAUGUAGUGAAUGUGGAAGAGACAAUCUCCUUAUACAUCAGCAAACUCACACUGGAGAGAAACCCUAUGGAUGCACUGGAUGUGAUAAGGCCUUCAGCCAGAAGGCAUGUAUCAUAGCACAUCAGCGAUUUCAUAAAGGAAAGACUCCUUUUGUACGUACCAAAUGUGAAAAAUCUGUUCACAGAAGUCAGGACUCACUAAACAUCAGAGAAUUCACACGGGAG